AUGACAGUACAUUUAUUUGGUGGUACAUGGUGUCCGAGCAUUUGUAGUUUCGUCCUCAGACAUACAGCUGAAGUGAACCAGACUGGUUGUGAUGAAUCAGUUGUGGAAACAGUCAGGAAGAAUUUCUACGUAGACGAUUGCCUAAAGACACUACCAGACGUAGAAACUGCAGUGAAGUUUAUUCCCCAGUUAUGCGAGUUGCUAGAAUCUGGAGGGUUUAAACUAACUAAGUGGAUGAGCAACAAACAUGAAGUCUUGGAAUCUAUCCCAGUCCAAGAGAGAGCCAAAGGUGUUGAAGUCAACCUCAGUCAACAAGCGUUACCUACAGAGAGAGCUCUAGGUGUUUAUUGGAAUGUUGAAGAGGAUGUUUUUUGUUACAAGAUUGCUCUUAAAGAGAAACCUUUGACGAGAAGAGGUAUUUUGAGUAUGGUCAGUAGCAUAUUUGAUCCCUUAGGUUUUGCCAGUCCAUACAUCUUGCAGGCAAAGAAGAUCCUACAAGAGUGA